AUGGCAGCAACACGACCGAGAGCGUACAUGCGAAAUAGCAUCGAAGACAAGGAAAGCCCAUCUAUGCACACCUCUCCUACACUAACGAUGUCCAACUCGGCUUCCAACUCAUCGAAUUCACCACCGGAACCCACAACACCUCCGCCGCCCCGGCGAUCACGAUAUCCAGACCUUGGACGUGUGCCACUUCAUCGGAGAGGCACAUCUAAAACCUAUGAACGGCUAGAAGAUCUGUUGAAGGAAGCGGGCUAUAAGGAAACGCGCAUAUUCACACCUGAAACUGAGCGUGCGGAGGGAAACGAGGGCUCUGGGGACAAGAGGAAUAGUGUGGUGGAGGGAGUCGGAGCUGUCGUUGGGUUCCUCACGGGCCUAAUGCCUGGGGGCACAGGAAGUCGGACACAUCUUCCAUCAACUGCUGAAGAGUCCGCGCAGUAUACAACGUCACCACUGGAGUACUCGCCCCCAGUCUCACCUUUGGUCCAGCGUAGGCCGCCGCGAUCUGCCACUACCCGGACCAGCUUCGACGCAACGGAGCCACCGACCCCAACAAAUUUGACGUCUUCAAUCGACAGUCUGGCAGAUCCGACGCCAAAGGCGAUCCGCCACCAAGCAUCAGGAUAUGCGCAACAACGGCCGUCGUUAGCUCACCGUACUUCAAGUCAGCUAUCUCAUACGUCCAGCCGGGUGCAGAAACAGCCAUCGCGAGCCUCCCUGGACCGCAGUGAUACAAGCACCAUCGUCUCACCGCGACCAUCGCGUGCUGGUGCAUAUCUUCGGCAUAUGGCGUCUCGAGCAUCUGUCCAGAGUGUGCCGCCACGUCCCAAUUCUACCCCGGUUGGCCUAUUCACCCGGCCCAAGCUACUUAUCACAGACGGCGACUCGGAGGGCCCACCGUCGACAUUAAGCAGGCAGGGCAACGGAGAAGGCGAAGAUGCUGAGCCACCUCUUCCUCCGAGCUGGCUGGAGAGCGUCGCGCGUGCGGUUCUGUUUGGUGGGACAGGUGCAUAUAUUGGCGGGCCAUCUAAUCACCCCAGUCUCGAACAACGCCCUCUUCGAACCACACGCAGCUCACUGUCUCAAAAACGGCAUCCCAAGUCGCGAAGUGGCCCGUCCGAUCAAACCAACCAUCUCAUCAUACCGCCUCCGUUACUAUCUAGACUAGAACGCGGCAGAUCGCGUGGUAGUGUUGGCGAGGUGUCGCUGACGCAGGUGGUAUGUCGGAGCGCACCUGGAAGUCGCUCUGGGUCACUCGUGCGCGACGACGGGAAGGAGAGGCUGCGCGGACGUGGUCGACGGCGAACGGAGACGGACCGCGUGCCCAGUCUUGCACGCACGCAAGUUGAAGGCGACGUGUGGUCCUCUGCCCGUCGGAAAUCGGGCAACCGGAACCAUGCAUCGGCAUCAAGCAACGAGAAUCGGGAUUUAGGCGGCUGGGGUGGGGACACCGAGUCUGGAGAUGACCACACGGGACCUGGGACAACAUCGGAAGAAGACGACGAUGACGGUGAACUUGACCUCGCACGUAUCCUCGUCCCGCCAAAACGACAGAACUCUAUCAAGAGCCUGAGGAAACACCUCGCAAGCGAAGCCCUUGCUGGCUCGGGUGCGCACGCAACGUUGGUGAAGCUCGCUGGAGGUGCGGGAAGCCGGGCCGGAAGACUAGGAUGGGGCACAGGGGCCGCCGCCAGCAGCUCCCAUGUGAACCCCAGGUUUGACCAUGGGUAUGAAGCACCGAGUAGCGCACGCAGGCUCAAAAGCCCGAUGGACGACGACUGGGACGGUGACGAGGGCCAGGGGUGGGGCAGUGGGUGGAUGAAGAAGCGGGCUGGCGAGGGGUCAGACGACGACGACGCCUCGUUCGCAGGGUUCUUUGGAGAGGGAAGAGAGCCCUUUGAGUCAGGGAGGAGCCGAAGGAGUGCUACUGGAAAGAGCAGACUUGGGUUUAAUGGUGCGUGGGGACUGAUGGGUGGGGCUGGCGGGGGCUCAUAG